AUGGGACAGAGUGGGAGCGUAGAAUCACAGCCGAAGAGCACGCCAAAGAAUAUUCCAGCAGGAUGUCCAAUGCAUGAGGCAGGAGCACAACCAGGAGUACAACCAGAGCCAGAAGCGAAAGAAGCACCAAGCAAAAAGUCAGAAUGCCCAGUAAAUCCACAGAACAACAUGCCACACCUCUCGCAGACACCGCUGUCGGCGCACCAAUCAACAGCUCUACCCACAGAUAGAUCUACAUCGAGUAUUCCUCGCCCAGAGAACACCAAUAACCCCGAAGAGUAUGGCAGGGGAAAGCACUGGGAGUAUCCAUCUCCACAGCAGUUCUACAAUGCGCUAGUGAGGAAAGGGUGGGAGACGCCUGAGGAGUCUGUCGAGGACAUGGUAGCCAUCCACAAUUUCCUCAAUGAGGAGGCGUGGGUGGAAAUAAACAAGUGGGAGAAACGUGCGGGACACGUGGGGGAUAACGACCAAGACAAAGUACAACUCGCACAAUUUUCAGGAAGACCUGGUGACUACACGCCUAAAGCGAGAUUGCAGAUGUUGCUUUCGUCAGUCUUCCCUAACAAGUUCUACAAUGAACCACCGUUCGAUAGACACGAUUGGUUCGUUAGGCGUAAGAAUCAGAGUGAGCUCGUUCGAUACGUGAUCGACUACUACGGCGCUCCUCCUACGCCUGAUGGAAUGCCUGUGUUUCAUCUAGACGUGCGUCCUGCGCUGGAUUCACCCAGUUCAAUCGCAGAACGCGUUAGAGUGGGUACAGCUCGUUGCUGGAGGACAGCCACAGGGAUGAAUAAACACAUCAACGAAUCCCCAGAAACUGCAGUCCUCGAAGCGCUACACGGUCUCUGCAAGCUCAAUCCCCAACUUACCCUCGACAAGGAGUCCAAGGCGCUGUACAAGAAGCACUUAGACACCAGCAAAGUAUCCCUUAUUGCUGGUGGCGGUUCUGGCCACGAACCAACUCACAGCUCAUUCGUCGGCGAUGGCAUGCUCAAUGCCGCCAUCCCAGGUACCAUAUUCGCCUCCCCCAACACGGCUCAGAUUCUGCGCGGCAUUCAACUCGCGUCUUCUCCACAAGGCACUCUCGUGAUUGUGAAGAACUACACAGGCGAUGUCCUCCACUUCGGUCUCGCAAAGGAGAAGUUCGCUGCGCAGAACCCCGAAGCCGCGCGCUUUACGCGUUUUAUCAUGGCCAGUGACGAUGUCUCAGUCGGCAGGAAGCAGGCCGGUAUUGUCGGACGCAGAGGUCUUGCCGGCGUCACACUCAUACACAAGAUGGCUGGUGCAUUCGCUCACAACGGUGCCACUAUCGAUCAGGUGGAAGACGUGGCCAACUACAUCAACGAUAACGCAGCUACACUCGGUGCGGGUUUGGAACACACACACGUACCUGGCACUGAAGCCUCUAAGGCUUACCUCAAGGAUGAUGAACUUGAAUUGGGAAUGGGCAUUCACAACGAGCCUGGUUUCACUAAGAUGUCACCUAUCCCACCCGCUUCACAGCUAAUUGAAGGUAUGGUUGACACACUCACUUCGACUUCCGAUCCAGACCGCUCCUAUGUAAACUUCCGCAAUGAUGGCUCUGAUAGAGUUGUCCUGCUGGUCAACAAUCUCGGCGGGUUGUCCGAGCUCGAAUUGGCUGGUGCUACAGGACACGCUACGAGUGUCGUGCAGAAGAGGGGAUAUAAAGUGGAGAGAGUGCUCAGUGGCACCUUCAUCACCUCCCUCAACAUGCCUGGUUUCUCCAUCACGUUACUGAGACUGCCAGCGGAGGGUGAAAGCGCACCUGCCAGCACAGCUCAGAUGCUUGAGCUGCUGGACAGCCCUGCCAACGCACCUGGCUGGAGAUGGCACGCAACCACCCCGCCACGUCUCGAGAAGGAGUAUGUAAACGACUCCCCUACCCAUGCAAAACCAUCCACCGACACAGCGGCCCCUAUCAAGACAGACAACGGGGAAAAGAUAAUCCGCGCUAUCAAAGCGGCUGCCGAGAAUCUCAUAGCGGCCGAACCUGAGAUCACGCGCUUGGACACAGUGGCUGGUGAUGGCGACUGUGGACUAACGCUCAAGGCAGGUGCAGACGGAGUCCUCAAGCGUAUUUCAAGCGGUGCCAUCAGCGGGGACAAUGUGGCCAGGUACAUACUCGAAGUGAGUGAGGUGGCUGAGACAGAUAUGGGCGGGACUAGUGGAGCGCUCUACUCCAUCUUCUUCAGCGCAUUGGCGGGAGCAGUCAGAGAGCAUGAGACGGAGGUGCAGCUGGCAUGCAAAGGGGCUUUGGAAACGCUCUAUAAAUACACCCGCGCUCGCCCUCCUUCGCGCACUCUGAUCGAUCCACUCCACGCGUUCAUCGACGCGUUUGCGGGUGCCGGCGAUGCCCACAAGGCUAUCGAAGCGGCGAAGCAGGCUACCGAGGAGGGUAAGAAGAUGGAGGCUAAGGCGGGUAGAGCGGCGUAUGUGGGUCAGCAAGGCCUCAAGGAACAGGCUGUGCCUGAUCCAGGAGCAGUGGGAGUGUGCAAGAUACUCGAAGGCUUCUUUAGUGUUUAUUAA